ACUCAGCUUGACCUCAUGCACACAUCGCUGCUAUCUCCUGUGCAGGGUGGGAGGAUUCCUCUUCCAGCAGGAGGAUGUCCAGGCCAUGGGAAUUUACCCUGGCAACUUCACAGAGCUUGCAGAUGCUCUCCUGAGCUGUGCCAAAAUGGCGCUUGCUCAGAAGCUGCCGAAGCUAUAGGAGUUGCCGAAGCAGGUCCGGAAGCUACCGAACGAGUCCGGAAGUUGCCGAAAGAGAGCAGCGGGGAAAGAGGAUGGCGGAUCUCAUCGCAAGACUUCGAGAGGACGGGAUCCAAAAGCGUGUGAUACAGGAGGGCCAAGGAGAGUUGCCUGACUUUCAGGAUGGCACUAAGGCCACAUUCCACUUUCGGACCCUGCACAGUGAUGACGAAGGUGCCAUACUAGAUGACAGCCGAACACGUGGCAAGCCCAUGGAGCUCAUCAUUGGCAAGAAGUUCAAGUUGCCCGUGUGGGAGACCAUUGUGUGCACCAUGCGUGAAGGGGAGAUUGCCCAGUUCCUCUGCGAUGUCAAGCACGUAGUCCUCUACCCACUGGUGGCCAAGAGCCUGCGCAACAUCGCUGAGGGCAAAGACCCCCUGGAGGGCCAGCGGCACUGCUGUGGAAUCGCUCAGAUGCACGAGCAUAACUCCCUGGGUCAUGCGGACCUGGACGCCCUGCAGCAGAACCCUCAGCCCCUCAUCUUCCACAUUGAGAUGCUGAAGGUGGAGAGCCCUGGCACAUAUCAGCAGGACCCAUGGGCAAUGACAGAUGAGGAGAAAGCUAAGGCAGUGCCACUCAUCCACCAAGAGGGUAACCGGCUAUACCGUGAGGGGCAGGUGAAAGAAGCCGCUGCCAAGUACUACGAUGCCAUUGCCUGUCUCAAGAACCUGCAGAUGAAGGAGCAGCCUGGGUCACCUGACUGGAUCCAGCUGGACCUACAGAUCACACCACUGCUACUCAACUACUGCCAGUGCAAGCUGGUGGCCCAGGAGUAUUACGAAGUGCUGGACCACUGCUCCUCCAUCCUCAACAAGUACGACGACAAUGUCAAAGCUUACUUCAAGCGGGGUAAGGCCCAUGCUGCUGUGUGGAAUGCCCAGGAAGCCCAAGCUGACUUUGCCAAAGUGUUGGAGCUAGACCCUGCCCUGGCACCCGUGGUAAGCAGAGAACUGCGGGCCCUGGAGACACGCAUCCGGCAGAAGGACGAGGAAGACAAAGCUCGCUUCAGAGGCAUCUUCUCCCACUGACAGGGCAGUCCAUCCUGCCCUGCCCAGCCCAUUGCUGCCACCACCUGUCCACCCCCACUGCCACCUCCCGCUUCUGUGUAUAUAAAGGCCUUAUUUAUCUCUCUGG